AUGUGGCUUCGUCUGCAUUCUGGCGAACAGCUUCAAGCCAAGCCCACAAAGCCACUCUGCUCGCCUUGUCUGGUUUUCAGUACAAGACUCGGUGGUGCAAGCAUGCCUCGACUGAAGUGGGGCAGCCAGCGUCGAGCCACGCCUCGCCAUGACUGCGCCUCCGGACAUCCCCACACGUCUCUUCAGCCCCAGAGGAAUUCUCCGGUCCUUGACGAGUCUCUGCCCGAUAACGACGACAAGGUUGCUGCCGUGCUGCGCGCGGACGACGCUCAAUCCCGCGCAGCCAGGUCCUCAGACAGCGACGAAGCCUUCAAAGUCAAAUACGAAGCUGCUGCGUCUUUGUCCGAGGACGCCGAUCGAGCCGGUGCCGCAUUUCCCAAGGCGGACAAGCCAGCAGCGGCGAUGCUGCUCCCGGCCGACGACUCAGCUCGUAUACUCAAGUUCGAGGACUGCGACAAAGCAGCUGUAUUUUCGUCCAAGGUCAAGGACGAAUCUCCUGCAUCGUUGUGCGAAGACAACGAUCAAGCCGGUGCACUGCUGCCCGCGUACAACGACGAGGCCGCUACAGCGUCGUCCAAGACCGAAGACCAAUUUCCUGGCUCAUUGGCCGCGCGCGUCUCGACCCGGACGACGAUGAGCCUGUCGACGAUCUUGCACGUUCCACGCGAGGCAAGGAAGCGCAGCUCGAAGAAGACUUCGCACUCGUUCGGGCGCAUCAAUGGCCGCUUUGCCUCGGCCAGCCAGAUCGUCGCUUGGGCUGCGACCGACGAGCAGCCGUGA